AUGGAUGACAUGGACGAGGAGGACUUCUUCCUCCCACCAGAGCAGCAGCGCCCAUUCACCUCCGGCGUCCGUCGCAAACGCGUGAAGUUCGUCCGCUCCUCCGAUCUGGAUACCACCACCACUCCAGCUUCCUCUGCAACUUCCGGAGCAAGCAUCGCAGACACAUACCUCUCCAUUGUAAUGAAACAGCCAACCCCAAAGACAUCACCAAGUACACCAACACCAAGGGAACAGUCACCCCCUCCCCGCACAACACAGUCCGCGCCACCUCCCACCGAAGCAACAUUCCCUCCACCAGCAGAAGAACCAGAAGCAGAACUACAACCAACCAAAACAUCGCAGCCCGACACCCACUGCGAGAUAUGCAACCUUCCCCUCGCAACAAUCCAAACAGACCAACCCCACGAGGCCUCCCUAGCCCAUCAAGUCUGCCUAACCCACUCCCACCCGCCCUCCCACCUAGACCGCACACGCCAAGGCCUCCGCUAUCUCUCAACAUACGGCUGGGAUCCAGAUAGCAGACGCGGUCUCGGUGCACCAGGCCGGGAGGGAAUAAGGGAGCCACUCAAACCUCGCCCGAAGAAUGAUACCGCAGGGUUGGGCACUGGGCUUGAUGCGGAUGGGGAUCGAUUGCCGCCUAAACCGCCGCCGCUGCCGAAGGUGCAGAAACUGAAUGCUAAGCAGACUGCGAAGAAGGCUGCUGAGGAUCGGGCUCGUGGGGAGAGGAUGCGGAAGUUGCUUUUUUCUAAUGAUGAGGUUUUGAAGUAUCUCGGGGAGGGGGCGUGA